UGCAGCUACCAAAUCCAGUUCCUCUUCAAUUCUAGAAGUGGAUCUCUUGGAACCUUGGUUCUUUGACACCGCCGUCGUCGACAAAGAAACAACCCCCUCUCCCACGCCACCAAACCCGUCGAGGCCGCCUCCCGCUCCUACGCUUUAGUACAUUCCUCCAUGUGCUAGGCCCGACACUCCGACUACCUCGUCUUCUCUCGCUCCACUCUACGUAUCUUUAUCACCACCGGCAACACUCGUUUCCUCUCCUCGUCGCCAUCGAACUCGCUCGACGACGACGACGACAUCUCCGGUACUCCUCCCCACGACCACACACAAAUCGCGGGAGAGAAUGCCUUACACACCACCCUCGCACAGGUCUCCGGCCUCGUCGGCACCCUCCUCACCAAGCCAGAGCCGGAGAUCUUCGAUCCACCAACAACAACAACACAAUGGCGGCCCCACCUCGCCAACAUCAUCCACCAAGCCCGCACUCCCGCGAUCGGCGUCGUAUCUUAUGAAACACCGACGAACCCCCUCGGCCCCGGCACCCGCACAGCAUAACGAGCUGUCCCCGUCGGCGACCGUAGAGGAUCUCAAGAUCAUGGCCCUCAACAGCAUCGUGCGCCAGUCCCCCCCACCAAUAACGGGCGAGAGGCAGGGCAUGCCCGCCGGUGCCGUCAUCUCCCCGCCCGACUCGGCUAGUGAAGACGAGGGUCAGCUGGAGAUGAAGAAGGAGGACACGCAGCGUGGCAGGACCAUCGAGAACCUCAAGGAGCUCAAGGACGCCAUCAGCCAGAUCCCCGUUCACCGCUCGUGCUCGCCCAACAACCGCACCGAUAUUCCCGAGCCCAUCAUCGCCGAAAUGAAGGAAAAGACAAGGCCCGAUGCCGGCGACCUGCUAGUACUGCCGUCCCAGGCCAAGGCCAUUGCCGACAUGCAGCAGAAGCAGGACGCCGCCAACGGAGUCACCAACCGCCGCUUCUCCCACAACCGAUCCGCCACCGAGUCCAACAUUGUGCUGAACAAGUCUAUGGAAACCUCGCUGACAGGAUCGGACGAGGACACGGACGAAGAGCGGCAAAGAAAGCCCCCCAUGGUGCGCAAGAAGUCGGGUGAGCUCGUGCGGCCUGCUCUGCGACCUCCCUCUCGCCGACGACCCUCCAGUAUGCCUGGCACACCCACCUUCAAGGCUGUCCACUUUGACUCGCAUCUCGAACAUGUUCGCCAUUUCUUGCAGGUCGACCGUCCGUUGGCCGUUAGUGCUGGCUCAUCGCCGGUCGAUAGCUAUGAUAGCGACACCGAGUACCCUUUCAAUGGGAACGGGAAUGCGAACGACCAGUCACAAGCGCGUCAGCCUCCCUUUGAGUGGGAGCUCGUCCUGUCCAACUUCCCCGCCGAUACACCACUUCGCAGGGCGCAGCCUGUACGUCUGGAACGUGUUUGGCUAUCUAGCGACCAAAAGUGCCUGAUAGGGUCGGUCGCGGUGGUCAACCUGGCCUUCCACAAGAGCGUUACUUGCCGGUUCACCUUGGACUACUGGAAGACCACCUCUGAGGUGUCGGCCGAGUACAUGGCCAACCUCGAGUCCAAGACGCUCUACUUCUGCAUCCGGUACAACGUCAACGGCCAGGAGUUCUGGGACAACAACAACGGCAUGAACUUCCAGAUUGACUUCCGCAAGAAGGCUCUCCCGACCAACGGCAAGAAGGGUGUUAUCGGCGCUGCUUCUCGUACCGUGAACGGCCUGCCCAAGAGUAACCGUCGCUCCAACCACUCGUCUGCGGCACCAAAGCCCAAGUUCGCUCCCAUCGGUGCCGAUGACUUUGGUAGCAGGAGCAAGCUCAGCUUUGAUAGCUCCCUUGAUGACUAUGAUGAUGACGCUCUUCCCGCUGGCCUUCGCCUGCGUGGUGUUAAGAGCACCACCAGCAUUCCCAGCGAUAACCUGCCGAGCCGUCUGUCUGCCCCUAGCGGCCAGGCCUUUGCUAACCGCUACGACUUUGGUGCCUCGCUGGCCACGGCCAUCCAGACCGCCAAGGACAACCUGCCCAAGAAGGAUGACGGUGGUCUUUACAUGAAGUCCUCCAGGAAGCCUGCUGCUGCGAACUCGUCUAUCCAGCGCAGGGGUCACCCCACCCUGACUACUCCUGUUGCUUCUGCUCCCGCUCCUGCUCUCUCUGCCCCUGCCCCUGCUGCUGCCCCUAAGAAGGCUCCAGCACCUGCUCCUGCACCUUCUACCGCUGCUCCCGCUACCACCUCAGCAAAGCCUUCUUCUCUCAACAUUCCUGGUGUGUCCACCACUGGCAGCAUUGCUUCGUCCUCGUAUGAGGAGCUCGUUAACAAGUACUGCUUCUUUGGAUCCACCAAGCAAUCCAGCCCUCAGAUCAAGGAUGGCAGCUUGCGCAACAGUCGCUUCGAUAGUGCCAGUGACCUUCCCCAGCUUGCCAGCAACAGCAGCAGCAGCAACUCGAGCUACGAGGGAAGCCCGGUCCACAAUAACUUUUACGGUAUGGGGUCUACGGCUCAGCAUCACUCGCUGCAUCCGAGGGAUCCCAACCCUUAUUUCUCUCAUGGAGGUUUCAUGAGCUUUGUUGGGGGCUCUCCAGCCGAAAGCCCCCUCAAGUUGGGCUUCCCGUCUCCGCAAAACCCGGGUGACCCCUCAAGCACUGGGCCACGCACUGGCCCUGGCACUAACAGCUUUGGAUCUGGCUACGGAACCGGACCCAGCUACGGAUCGCACUCUACUGGGGGUAAAUGAUCAUCAUUUCAUCUGUCUUGCGAGGGUCUAUCGCCAUUCCAUGGAUCCCAAUAACAAGGCGGCCCGUUUCUGUAUAUGAAUUCCACA